CAGUGACUUGGAGCGUGAAGAGAAAGAAUUAGUUGUUUGCAAUUGAUCUUUCUAUAGACAGUUCAGUUCAGUGUAGAUUCCUGUAUAUUUUGCGGCUUUGUUUCUCAUCGAAACAAUUUAGGAAAUGCAGUAAAUAAAAUAGAUUCCAAUUCUUUCUGCCUGACCUCCCGUUUCCGGCAGAAUUGAAAAACGAGGGAAUUAAAAACGAUAAAUUAAAUCAAUAUGGAAUUUGAUAAUUUACGAUUGUAUUAAUUGCAAGAAACUAGUCACAGUUGCUCUAGAAAUUGGCGGGCGAUUUGAAAUUGACCGGUGAUCCAACCUCUGCAGUCAGAUUGGCUGAACAGUGACCCUCUGUCACCAGCUUCCAUAUUUGGUAACUGGUAAUAAUUCCCACCCCCACCGCCGGGCAGCGUCAAACUGAUUAAGGAAAGGCAGCCAAUCACACCGCUGAAACCCUAUAAUGGACAUCUUCAUUCCAACCAACCAGAGGGAGCAGGGCGGCCCUUCAUCAACGCUUUAAAAGCCAGUCCCAGCGUCUGCUCCGACACUGCAAUCCUGAUAUUUCAGGCUGCAAUCGGACUGCUGAAGGAGAAUGGCCCGCACCAAGCAAACAGCGCGAAAAUCGACCGGUGGGAAAGCUCCCCGCAAACAACUGGCGACCAAAGCGGCGCGCAAGAGCGCCCCAGCCACGGGCGGAGUGAAGAAGCCCCAUCGCUACCGGCCCGGCACCGUGGCUCUGAGGGAGAUCCGGCGCUACCAGAAAUCCACCGAGCUGCUCAUCCGCAAACUGCCCUUCCAGCGCCUGGUCCGGGAGAUCGCUCAGGACUUCAAAACCGAUCUGCGCUUCCAGAGCUCGGCCGUCAUGGCCCUGCAGGAGGCCAGCGAAGCUUACCUGGUGGGGCUCUUUGAGGACACCAACCUGUGCGCCAUCCACGCCAAGCGAGUCACCAUCAUGCCCAAAGACAUCCAGCUGGCCCGGCGUAUCCGCGGGGAGCGCGCCUAAACCCGACCUCGGCACCAAGCACAACAAAAGGCUCUUUUCAGAGCCACCAAUCCGGCAGGAAAAGGGCUGUCAAUUCCUGUUCACUAACCUUUUGUUAAUCACGCUAUUCCCUUCCGUCCUUUCCUUGUCGGUGUUUUGUUCAAUAAGACAUUACAGCUUCUCUCAAAUCCCAGUUGGUUAUUGUGGUUAAGUUUCCAGCCAUUUGCUGUUGUUACCGUUUUGGAGAUCUCCUUUAAUAAAUGCAGUUCAUAGUGACCAGUCCCAUUUCUGGCCGAGUCCAUAUGUUCCCGGGAAUACAACAGUCUGCAGAUGCUGGAAUUCGAUUUUUUUCACGUUGCAAGUUCGCAGUUUGAGAAGAACAAGAAGUUCAUGACCUUUAUACAUAGGCGACCCCGGCCGCUCAAUAACCAGAAACAUUCAAACUUGCGAGUUAAAUAAUGUUACAGUAAAAUAAAUCUUGAUCGAAGUAAUGAGUAAAUGCAUAAUUUUGCUGACUACAGAUCAAUAAAUAAUUUUCGGCGGGAUUUUCACAUUUUCCGGCCAUCCGGGGACCUGACAGUUCCUCUCGGCGCUUUUUCUUUCUGCUCUCUGUUCACUGGUGAACAAGGCAGCUCUCUGAUUAGCUUACUGCACUCAUCAGAAGUGAAUGAGAAUUUCAUCUCCAGACCCUUCAUGUAACACCGAUAGAUCAAUCUACGUUCGGAGCGGUUUCAAUACGGUGGUAUAAUUCUCAAUAAUUACCCAAGGAUAAUUACCUAAUCCACCCGUUUCUUUGAACUUUAAUCCUCCAAUAAAGAGUUAACAUUUCAAAGAAAAGCGCACAGUGAGAGAUGGGGAGGCUGAGUCAGAGUGACGGGAAGUGGAUGAGUCAGUCAGAGGGAUGGACAGAACAGAGGGCGGCUUCUCAUAUUCAUCUCCGCAACGGCCAAUUUCUAACUGUUUAACCACAACCUAG